GCUUCUUUAUGGAAUAUGGAUAUCCGGCUCGAUUUAACCAUAUACAUACAUAUAUGGGAGGACCAUAGCCGUAGGGAAUCUUCUUCCAUAGCCGUAGGGAAUCUUCUUCGUUCGUUACAGUUGAUUGAAUCCGCACAGAAACAGAAACAGUUUCUCCAUUAACCUCACACCACAGUCCUCACUCGCUCUCUAUAUAAGAAACCAGCAAUCGCUACUUCUUCUCUCACUCACUGAGUUUUUUAGCGAACUCCAUUGUACACAACUACAGAGACUGUGUACUUGGAAGUGAAGAAAUGGCAGCAGUGGUGAAGAGGAUAAGGAUGGGCUCACAAGGCCUGGAGGUAUCAGCUCAGGGACUAGGCUGUAUGGGCAUGUCCGCCUUCUAUGGCCCUCCUAAACCCGAACCCGACAUGAUCGCUCUCAUCCACCACGCUAUUGACUCUGGCGUCACCUUCCUCGACACGUCCGAUGUCUACGGUCCCCACAUCAACGAGAUCCUCCUCGGGAAGGCCUUGAAGGGAGGGAUGCGGGAGAGAGUGGAACUGGCGACGAAGUUCGGAAUCAGUAUCGGCGACGGCAAGAUGGAGAUACUUGGCGAUCCGGCGUAUGUUAGGGCUGCUUGUGAGGGGAGCUUGAAGCGACUCGAUGUUGAUAGCAUUGAUCUUUAUUAUCAACACCGGAUUGACACAACUGUUCCCAUUGAAGUCACAAUGGGUGAACUGAAGAAACUUGUUGAAGAGGGUAAGAUAAAAUAUAUAGGUCUCUCGGAGGCAUCUGCUUCAACAAUCAGAAGGGCCCAUGCUGUUCAUCCAAUUACAGCUGUGCAGUUGGAGUGGUCCUUAUGGUCGAGAGAUGUGGAGGAAGAAAUCAUUCCUACUUGCAGGGAACUUGGCAUCGGGAUUGUUGCAUAUAGUCCUCUAGGACGAGGAUUCUUUUCUUCAGGGCCUAAGUUGCUUGAGAACAUUUCCAAGGAUGACUAUAGACAGUAUCUACCUAGGUUCCAGCCUGAAAAUCUGGAGCACAACAAAAAACUAUUUGAGCGUGUUAGUGAAAUGGCAGCAAGUAAAGGAUGCACCCCAUCUCAGCUAGCAUUGGCGUGGGUCCAUCACCAAGGGGAUGAUGUGUGUCCGAUUCCUGGUACCACUAAGAUUGAAAACUUCAACCAGAACAUUGGAGCCUUAUCUAUCAAAUUAACACCUGAAGAUAUGGCUGAACUUGAAGCUAUUGCUGCAGCAGAUGCUAUAAAAGGUGACAGGUAUGGAGCAAUUUCUGCUACUCACAAAGACUCUGAAACUCCACCGAUAUCUUCAUGGAAAGCUACAUAAAUGCCUAUGCCUUUCGCUAUGGCUUGUCUGUACUUCAAUUUGUGGUCCUUGUGGAUUUUGCGUCUUCAUAGACUUGAAAGUUCUCUACUCUCUGGUGUACUAAAAACCGGCCAAGUCGGGUCAUUCCAUGCUUAUUACUGAGUAUUUGCAUAUUUAAAUUUCACUUGUCGUGAUUUCUCA